ACAGGAAUGCGUAUACAUAACUAAGUGGUGUCUAAAUAUUGUUAUUUUCCCUAACGUUACGCCUCGAAGUUAACGUCCCAGCCUCUUCCUAAAAGACUUAACUAGGUGGGGUACACACCCAUUUAAAGAUUUUAUGUAAUCUAAACAUUACGAAUACGGAAUGUAAACAGCACAGGUGUUGAACAUUAUGGUUCCCAUGACGACCAUCAGUGUUGGAUCCUUACACUGAAGGCUGCUUGUUUACAGCCAGUUCAUAAAAAAGGCUUGUUGAUGUCGAAAAUAUUGGAUAUUGAGUCUGAAGACUGUUUUUACGAAAACUUGACACUAGGUGUUGUUCAUAUUCUUGAGCGUACUCCAAGAGUCAGCAAAAUUGAGCUGGAGCGACUAGCACCAUGUGACAGACUUGUUCUCACGACUUGGGAACAACGACAUUGCUGCACAAUGCCAGAAGACCUUCGCAACUUCUACUGUUCAACUGACGGCUUCCGCUUGACAUGGAACUACGAAUUCGCAGGGGAAGUACAUCCUACAGGUAAAAUGCACAUAAAUUCUGUGUCAGAUCUCCGCCGGCUAGCAGGCAUAAAAUGUGCAGGUGACAUGGAUUUUCCCACUCUUCUAGAUAUUGAAAUAUGUAACCAGCAAGAAUCAGCAACACCUAACUUUGGCGUACGGUGUAAAAUAUUUGAAUUGGAUCCCUGUGAUGGAAUGGCUAAGGUAUGUUUGGUGUAUAUGGACCAUGGGGACAGCCCUGACACUCGUAUGCGAGAGGAUCCCACAAUUUGGUUACUGGACCGGUGUUUUGAGUGGCACUUUCUCGCAAAUACAUUCACCCUGUAUUUUAGGAUGAUGCUUGUACACCAAGGUCUCCCACAGUGGCAGUUUCGCUUCACACCAAUGGGGCUAACCCCAUGGGCUGAGGUAGAGAAUCAAACCUUCAACUGUAUUUUUAUCUUUCUUAUGGAGCAGUUGUUCCAGUGA